UUGCGCACGGAGCGCCCCGCGGGCUGCGUAGUUAUUUUUGAACCGGGUGGCGGGGAAUAGCUGAAGGAGCUGAGCCGGGAGGGCGCGGUGUGCGGUGAGGCUGACAGCGGUCUCCGUUAGAUCGAGUGAUGGCGCAGCAGCUCGCCCGAGAGCAAGGCAUCACCCUGCGCGGGAGCGCGGAGAUCGUGGCCGAGUUUUUUUCGUUUGGCGUCAACAGCAUUUUGUAUCAGCGUGGCAUAUACCCGUCGGAAACCUUUACUCGAGUGCAGAAAUACGGACUCACCUUGCUUGUAACUACUGACCCCGAGCUCAUAAAGUAUCUCAAUAAUGUGGUCGAACAGCUGAAAGAGUGGCUCUACAAGUGCUCUGUUCAGAAGCUGGUGGUGGUCAUCUCAAAUAUUGAAAGUGGUGAGGUCCUUGAAAGAUGGCAGUUUGAUAUUGAGUGUGACAAGACUGCAAAAGAAGAUGGUGUUUGUAGAGAAAAGUCACACAAAGCCAUUCAAGAUGAAAUCCGUUCAGUGAUCAGGCAAAUCACAGCUACCGUGACCUUUCUGCCACUGCUGGAAGUUUCUUGUUCAUUUGAUCUGCUGAUUUACACUGACAAAGAUUUGGUUGUCCCUGAAAAGUGGGAAGAAUCAGGACCCCAGUUCAUUACCAAUUCUGAAGAAGUCCGUCUGCGCUCAUUUACUACCACAAUCCACAAAGUGAAUAGUAUGGUGGCCUACAAAAUCCCUGUCAAUGACUGAAGAGAAGGUGAAGAAAGCCAGGAUCCUACUUUGAUAAAUGUGCCCAUGGUUCCAUUUGUUGGGUUCCUCCUGGACUUGCCAUAGAGUCAACAUAACAAGAUUGCUGCAAAUUAUUAAGGGGAACCAACAGAUUUUGUCAGAAUUGUGGAGUGGAUUCCUGUAGAAGUGGUCAUUGUAGAUAGAAAUUCUUUUGUUAGAAAGCUAAAUACAUCCCCUAACCAGUUAGCUCAGGAAUCUUGACCAGAGAAGCAUCUGAAUGUAAAUACAGCAGAAGGAACUAAAGCUGUGUUUAGUUCUGAGUCAUGAAUACUGCCUUGCUGGGCCCAUUUGUCACUUCUUUUUGUAUAGACUCACAUUGAAAUACAUGCUAAUUGAUUUCAGUGUAUAUACCUUGAACUCACAAAGCAGUUGAUACUGUUUAAUUUCUGUAAUAAAGAACUCUUGUUUUAAUGUUUCAUAAAAAAAAAAUCAAGCUUUAAAUGACAGUGAUACAACAAAAAAACUCCUGUGUCUUAAAAUUUUUGUUAUAGUACCUUUGGUAAAUAGUGUGGUGUUAUUAUAUUCAGAUACUACAGUAGAUUAUGUGCUGCCUUCAUCUCAAACAAUGCAGUUAAUGUGAAGAGGCAAAUGUCCUUUGAAAUUAGUGCAGAUAUCAGGCUGUAGUAUCACUGGUGUUGGUUUUUUUUUUUUCCUGUUGUAUACAUCUAAUCAAAAAUUGUCAUAUCAGCAUAAUUUAAUGACAUUUCAAGUAAAAACUGAAAUGCGUAAAAGACAUUGUCAAAUAUUGUCUGUGCUAGCAAUUUAAUGAUUAGGCGGACUCCAGUGACAUUCCUGCUGUGGAGAAACAAAUUGGCAUGAGAAUAGGACAUUGCUUUUGGUAAGUUUCAAGUUUUUUCCUUUCCAUAAACUUUGUUUCCUCUUGAUUAACAUGUACUAACAAUAGCAAACAAGUUUAGAGUGUUUGUCAGGCAGCAAGACAUUUGUGAACAUACUUACAGAUUUAACUACCCUGGACACCAGACUUCAAGACACAUAUUAUCAUUAAUUCCCCGUCACAGGAAACAUGCCAUGCCAAGGGCUCAAGUCCAGAGCCAUGUAACUCAGAGCACAGAUCAAGUUUAAGCCUAGGCAGGUGUGGCAUGCCAUUCUAUUUCUCUAACACAGCAAAGGACUGCAGUGUCAGGAGGGAAUGGGUGAGAGGAACAGCCAAAUACAGUUACUAUAUUAAGGGUGCAGACACCAUGGCAGUGCGCUUGCAGGGCUGAUGGUUUUCUUGUUUUGUUUUGUUUUGUUUUUCGAGACAGGGUUUCUCUGUGUAGCUUUGGAACCUGUCCUAGAACUAGCUCUUGUAGACCAGGCUUGUCUCCAACUCACAGAGAUCCACCUGCCUCUGCCUCCUGAGUGCUGGGAUUAAAGGUGUGUGCCACCAACACCUGGCAGGGCUGAUGGUUUUCUUAAAGAAUCAAAUAAAUACAAUUGGCUGUGUUCUUUUGUCUUCUGCACAUCAGCUAAAAUAGGAUCAAAACAAAACACUUCUGAUUAACAUGAUUUUAAGUAACUAGUUUAAGAACAAAAGUAUAGCUGUGCUGCCCAAUAAAUAAGCUCCCUUUAAAUUGAACCUGAUUUAUUUUAACAAGUCUGAUUUAUUUUAACAACCUGAUUUAUUUUAACAAGAAUGCUCCCUGAAUCUGGAACCAUCUGUACACACACGUGCUUGUGAAUGUAUACAUUAAAUCACACAUAUUGUGAAUGGUGGUGACUUGCUAUUGGGAUGGAUUUUAUCUGGAAUAAUUAUCCAAAAAUGUUGAGCUAAGAAGGGCAGACAAAGAGUUAAGCAAUAUUAAAGUAAAGGUAAUUUUUGACUAAAAAAUGAGCUGGCCUUUUAAACAUUCAGUUAACAACCAUAACAUUUACUUUCUCUAGCAAAGGGGCCCAAUAUCUUUGAACUUGAAUUCUAUAAGGUAAAUCUGAGUUCCUCCCCUCAACCAAUCAACUAUUUAUUUCUGCUCCUCUUCAUUAAUAAGUUAUACAUUUGGAUGCUAAUUUCCUUUGUACAAACUACACCCUGUUUUCUGGAUUGUAACACUUAAAUAGACACUGAUGGAACCAGCACCUUCAAACAGGAUGAUCCAGGAAUGCAGCAGGUUUUUGAGCUACUCAGAGAAGUCCUGCCUUUGUUAACAGCUCAUCAGAAGUGCUUUCCUCUGUCUCUCUUCAUUCUCAUGUUUGUGAAGUAAACUGUCAUUUAUCCAUUCAUUCCCAGAAUGGCAGAGAUCCCUUGCUAUACAGACUACAUAGCAAUCUGCAUUAUUUGCUUGUGCAGGAGAGGCAUCUACUAGCCACUACUGCCAUCUGCUGGUCUUUCUGUGAAUAGUUAGAUUUUACAGGGGCCAUCACAAUGAUGCAGAAUGCAAAUAUCAUCAGUAAGUAGUAUCAGAUCCUGUAUUUCCUUGAAAAUUAAGAUACUACACAGCACAGUGAUAAGUACAGGACCAGCAGUGAUGAAUGGGAAGCUGAUCAUGGCACUCAGCAAGUGGUUGGCUAUGAACCAGCAGCAGGUGGCAAUGGCCCACAGCAACCCUGACAGGAAACCUGGUAAGACCGCCUCUGGAUACAGCUUCAGCCUAUUUCAUGGCUACACAACAGGUCACAAAGUAGACUGUACUUGUAAGAAAGAUGCCACUGGAGUGUGCAAAAACAUAUUCUUAAAUCAUACUGACUAGCACCUGUGUAUAUGCUGUCAUUUCUUUUCCUGUGGUCCUUGAUGUAAAUGAUUGGCACAAAUGUAGAUCUAUAGAGUAUCCCAGAUACCACUGCAGGGCAACAGCCCACAGUGCAGUGGUGCGUAGUAGAAAGUGUCCACCUAGGAGGAAACGGCACAGGGGUCUCCAGUUGUGUUGAUCACAGGCUCUGUCAUCAGUGUGUUGUCCAUGCUGCAUGGGUUAUUCAGAAAUUCACUUUUGGUGAACAAAACUGUGAAAGCAGUUGCUACUGAGAGCCCAGCUCCAAAGUAAUUCAGGAUGGUGCUUGAUACUUCUGUAUCCAUCCCAAUCCAGCCAAACCUUGAGCUUGCCCAGCCAGUUAAGGUAUUAAAUGAUCCCCAGAUGAGGGUCCCAAGACAUAAACCGAUGCUUUUGAUAAUUGUUCCCUGUUGCUGAAAUGCAGCCACUGAGCAUUGCAAAAGGCCAGAAUUUAGGGCAGCAUAAUAUCAAGUAGACCACCAUGGCAACCAAUCAAAAGGCAGCACGGAUCACUUACUGAAGGAACAUUCCAUCACCGUUGUCAUUUUUUUUUUUUUUUUUUUAAAGCGGUACAAAGUUGGAGCCAAACAAAAGAAUUGCUACAGCAGAGAAGAGUAGCCUGUGGUAAGUUUGUUCCAUUAUUGCCCAUGGUAGCAGGAAUGGCAGACAGGCCAACUCACUCAGUUUGCUCUGAGAGUUUUCCCAAGGAGUGACAGUCUUCAGACACAGGUGACCUGGUGGGUAGUCACUGUGCUGGCUGCAGAGCCCAGCCCGGCUCUUCCUAGCAUCUCCUGUACUCUAGAUAGUGUCAACCUCAUGUUUCUUAUGACCUUGAGCACCAAGCUGCUUCCUUUCUCUUCAGUGCUACUCUUAAUAGGUAUGUUGGUUGUAUUCAGUCUAAUUUUCCAAUGUUUAAAAUUUUCCAGAAAAGUGACAGCUUUGUUUAUAAUAAUUUUGAAGUUUAUAACUAAAUUAUGUAAAAUCACAUUCUUAGAAGUUGAUCGGAUACCUUAAACAUUUCAUAUCUCUUAAAGGUUUUAUAUUAUUUAAAUAUAUGUUUUGGUGUGUAAUAAGGAGGCAAGCUGACUCUGUUGGAAAUUAGUUGGAAUGAUUUGGCCUAUGGUUCCAAAUAGAUGCGUGCCUCAUCUUGGGAGAAAGGGAUUCCAUCCAACAGCCAAAAACUUGGCCACCAGCUUCUUGUGGGAAGUGAAGAUGGAGCAAUCACCUGGUGGGUCUCUGGGUCAGACCUGAACUCUCACCCAUUUACUGUAGGCCUAGAGGCUGUACUGAAUUGUGCAGUGGGAUAUCUUUGUUCAGUGUGGUUUGUUCUUGUUAUUUAGAGUUUUUAAAAUAUUUAUAAAAUAUUUUAACCUUGUUUA